GUGCACAAACAAGCUAUGGACUUUAGUCCCGUUACCGAUCCUUCCUCGUCAAUGUCCGGACAGCCACCCUACGAAGUGUUCCUGAGUUUCAGAGGGCUGGAGAUGCGCAGGGGCUUCGCGGAUUUUCUGUGCACCAUGUUGAGUGAUACUGGGAUUCGCGUCUUUAGGGAUGAGGAAGAGCUGGAGAGUGGCAAAGAAAACUACCAACAGCCGAUCCAGGUGAUAGAGCAGUGCAAGAUAUCAAUACCCAUCAUCUCCGAGGAGUACGCGUCCAGCAGGAACUGUCUCACGGAAUUAGGGCAAAUGGUGAAGGGCAUGGACAAUAGCAAUCGCAUCAUCAUCCCCAUCUUCUACUAUGUCGACCCGUCAGAUGUACGCGACUGCAACGGCCCUUUCGCGAGCUCCUUUGUGGAGCACAAGGAGCGCGGCGUCAGCGACAGUGUCAUUGAUUCCUGGAAGUCUGCCCUCCGUCGGAUCGGCGAGUUGGAGGGACACCAUCUCCACGAAAAAAGUGAAGUGUAAUUUUCGUGACCCGCUCCGGCCUGAGAUUACUUUUCUCAUGUAUCUUGCCUGCUUUUGCGUUAAGAUUAACUGUGUUUGGAUCAGAUCCAUGCAAAAUUAGGUUUUCUUCCUCUUCCAUGUCUUCUUAUUC